UACGGACAUGUUAGAUGCCAUCCAAUCCGUAGAUAAUCUGACAACUAUACCCACCGUCAAACUAAAAUCCUUGAAAAGGCCUAAUGGUGAGCACGCAUCUACGCUUGUGUGCAGUGCCUACAACUUUUAUCCAAAACAAAUCAGAAUGAUGUGGAUGAGGAACGGCAAGGAGGUGACCACAGAUGUCAGUUACUCUGACGUGAUGCCUAAUGGUGACUGGUGCUACCAGACUCAUUCUUACCUGACGUACAUCCCAACUUCAGCAGAAAAAAUUGCCUGCAUGGUCGAACACCUUGGUCUCUCCGAGCCGAUGUUUGUGGUCUGGGACCCGUCCCUCCCAGUGGAACAACGAACUCAGAUAGUUGUUGGACUGUGUGGACUCGUGAUUGGAUUUGUUAUUGCAAUAUCUGGAAUCAUCUACUACAUCACUGUGUGUCAAAGUAAGGAAGAAUCCUAA